UUCCCGCGGUGCCGUCACGGACGUUCAUCCCGUCGCCCCGGGCGGCCCCACCUGCGCACAGCCGCUGCCACGUGCCCGGCCCGUCCGCCGCCAUGUCGCACCGCGUCGCCACGGCAACGGCAACGCCACCCCAAGGGGCGGGACGGCGGAAGUGGGGCCGUUCUACUUCCGGGUGUGGCGCUGCACGUGGCUGCGGCAGGUGAGGGAUGGAACCGUGUGUGUCCGAGAGGGAAACGGGCACCUUGGGCUGGAUCCCAGACCAGAAUGACAGUCAAUAAAAAGAGAAAACAAGCUCAUGAGAAACCUGCAGAGAAAAAGAAAAAAGUCACUGAAGCAGAGGAUGAGGACUGCUCUGAAACAAAGACAAAGGGAAGGAAGAAGGAAAGUGUGACGGAAGAUGAAUAUUCAGACCAAUUAAAUCUGAAGAAGAAGAAGAACAAAAAGAGGAAGGUUAGCUUUGAAUUCCCAGAGGAAGCACGUUCCGACUUGUAUGUCGAAGGCCAUCGGGAUUUAGAACAAGAAGAAUCAGACAUAGAAUGUUCAAAAGGUAAAGGGGGCAAAAAGAAGAGAAAAAAAGACCAAUGUAAUGCCUCCUUAUCUCUGGAGAGUAAACAAAAUAGUGACGUGGGGCUCUCAAAUCGUUAUUUAGAUGAUAUUCAGGUAAAUAAAUGUGCUUUUACAAAAAGUGGGAGAAAUAACACUUUGAAUUUGAAACUGGAUGGUGAAGUAACUAAGAAAAAAAAGAAGGACACCUUUUCUUUAGAGUUUACAGACAUCCUGAACAGUGAAUAUAAACAGUCUCAAAAAGGUUGCAAAGAAACAAAUGUGCACAUUUCAGAAGGAAGAUCCAUUGCUGGUGAAAGUCAUGGAACAGACACUAUCCAUAACGAUGAGAAGAGUUAUAAGAAAAGAAAGAAGAGGAAGAAAAAGAAGUCUGACUCCUUUUUGCCACUAGCAGAUAAUCAGAACAGCAUCUCUGCAGAUCAUUAUAGUCCUACUGCAAUAAACGACUUUGGAGAAAGGCACAGAAAGGAAAUGAGAUUGACAGAUAAAGAGGAAAGAGACACUACUGAGAACCCAGAAAGUGUUAGAGAGACAAAGAAGAAAAAGAAGAAGAAAAGCAAAGAUGUUUCUUCCUUAAAGUGUAAAGAUGGUCAUUGCUACAGCCAGAGAGAUCUUGAUGAGCAUCUCCCUACAUCACAAGAAGUUGAAUCUGAGGAAGAAGAGCCUGGGAGAAAACUCGGGAAGCAAAGCCAAAAAAUAACACCCCUAGAAAUCAACAAAAAGAACAAAGAGAGGAAAAUGAAGCCAGCUGAAUGUGUCACAGGGGACACUGCAGGUGACGGGGUGUUAUGCAAUUCCAGUCAUAUGCUCUCUGACAAAAAAAGGAAGAAAGUUCCAGAGGACUCUGCUGAAGAGUCAAGAUCAAACACAAGCGUCAAAAAGAAAAAGAUCAAAAUAGAAGACAGGGGAGAUAAGAUGUUGGAAGAUGUGGAUGAUGUAAUUAUUCAGGGAAAAAAAGGAAACUGUGAUGAAAUGAAUAUAGACAAGGUAAGGCAGCAGGCUCUGCAAGAAGAGACUGAUAGAGAAUCUGGAAAAAUGAACAUUUUGAGUCCCAAAGAGAACACGGAUACAAAGAUCGGCCAGUGGAGUACAGCUGCUUUUCAAACUUCUGAGCAAGGAAUGAAAUUUCUUCGACUGAUGGGUGGUUUCAAAAAGGGCUCUGCACCCGUGGAAGGUCUCUCCGUGACUACAAACAAACCAAACAUGGCUCUGAACAGGGAAGGGGAGGAGAAGUUACAGCAGUCUCUGAAGAUGGAAUUUGAUAAAGCAAUGGACUUGAAGCAACACAAAAGAAUUGGUCUUGGAUUUCAUCCUGCUGCCAACAAGAAAGUGUACAUAGACAAAUAUGCAUCUAGAUCUAUAAAAUUUGAAGAUUAAAACUGAAGUAAUAGAAGGAACGAAAAUGGGGAAAUUUACUUUUGCUUUCCACUUGCUUUUACUUGAAAUAAAAUACGAAGUGUUUGACAAAUUGUACUUGUCAGGCAUUUUUAGUACAAAUUUUCAGCUGAAUAUUCUAGCUUACAUGGAGCUGUGUCUUUACUUGGACACAAAUGGAGCUGAGAACAGUAAGUUUGCAAACCUUUCCAGCAUAAUUCACAGUCAAGAGAAAGUUUCCCUUAGAGACUGAAGAUAUGUGGGACAGUGGCUGCAAAAAGGUAAAAAUUGCUGAUUUUUUAAAAAACAGAUUUCAUGAGCUUGUUUUUAGCCACAUCUUUGUGAUUCAAAAGGAUUUUGCUACUCUGUAAAAUCUUCAUGUUUUUACACUCAGUGAGCAAUGCAAACUGAUGGUGUUUUACUUGGAAGAAAUAUUACUGGGUUGCCUACAAAUUUGAUGAGGGGAGACUUAACCAUGAAAGCGGUUUUUUGAAUAUCAGCAUCUUCAUUAUAAUAAAUACUCUCAAACCUCCUGUUUCAAUAUGCUCCAGCAGUUUGAUUUUCAAGAAGCAGCUGUUACCUGUAAAUGAAGGAUGUUUAAAGUUUGCUCCUGGUAACUAAUCAGAGCUUUCUGGAUAUCACUGAGCUAUUCUUGCUAAUAAAAGUAUCAAUAGAACAAUUGAAAA